AUUUAUAAUUUUCUUUCUUGCAUUAGCGAAUAAAUAUGUGAUUAAGAUAUUGAAUAAUAUUCAUGUUAUAAUCCGGCCCGCCGAGAACUUCAUUUUCCCACAUCUGGCCCGCCGACUAGAGAAAGUGCCCACCCCUGCAUUACAUCGUAUCCUUGCCCGCGAAUGUCCUCCCACUUCUAUUUUUGGUCUCCGGUCAAUCAACCUUGGGGACCAUUGGUUAAUUUUACUACUAUUCCGCUUACUAGGAGAAAAGAUAUGGGUUCUUUUUCCUUACUACUGUGUUAGUAGAUUAACUGCAAAUAUAGUGGAACAAGAAUUAAAACAACUUUAUUGGACUGUACCUUGAACCAGGGUGGUGGGAUUGGGGUCACUGGGGUAUGACCGAGGUAGUAUUUCAAGAGACCCAACCCAAUAUUGGGAUUCAAAAUCGAAAAUUCAAAAUUCUUGAAGCUAAGUUUAUCGGCCGUUCUUAAAGAAAUUUGUCAAAGAAGGCUUAUACAUCUCAAAGUUUUUAUCAAUAUUUAAUUUUCUUAGAGUUUUUGGUUGAGGGGUAUAUUCAAUUGGCUAACACAGACAGUUCCCGAACUAAAAUAAGGAAAAUCAGAAUAAAUUUAUGGCUUAACCCUAACCUGGUACACAUACUACGGGAGUACCCUAUGUUUAAUAAAAGUGCGACCUGUGGUUUCGCCCAUGGAGUUGGUCUCAAAAUUUCGUUACAAUCUGUGUCACAGAAUCAAAAUCUUUUGAAAUUUUUUUUUUGAAUCCUCAGCUUUUCUCUGGACCACUCAAUUAUAAAUUCAAUUCCGUAAUGUUUAAUAUUAAAGUGAUUUGAUGAAAAAAAGUGAUUUGAUCAACAACGUUAAACAAAAAUCUCCAGGCUUUUAGCUCUGGUAUAUAACAAUAUUGUUUGCUCAUGCCCUCAUUAUUAAACAGGGUUGAAACAAGUGUUAUUGUCUAGCAGCAUUAUUAUGCCUUAAUUUAGAUUGAGAUUAUGCUGCCAAUUUUUGUAUUUUCGAUUCCAUGCAGAUUAAAUGUUACUAUAUAUAUAAAUAUACCUAAUUUUUUAUUAUUUUAAAAAUAUUGUUAUUAAAUAUCACUGUAUAUUUGAAUUAUAGGUCUUUUAAAUAAUUAAUUAGCAAAAUAAGUGUCCGCAUACACUCAAUUUAAAUACGAAAAAUUUGGAGAGUAAAGAAAUUCGUCAACGUGACUAAAAAUGGAUUCUGAUGAUGAAAAUGACAUUUUUUAUGAAUGCACCGAUGAUUUUUCGAAGUUGGAUUCAUCGGAGAACAGCAAGUUGAAGAAUGAAAACCAAAAUAAACAAGAUGAAGGACAAUUAAUGUCUGAUUUGAAUCAAAAAUAUAAAGUGAAAAAUGAUUCAGUUAUUGAUUCAAAUUCUGAAGUAUUGAAAAAGGAUUCUGAAGUUUCAAAUGUACGUGGGGUGCUCAAGGAAGACGCUUUCCCAAGAGAGACACCUAGUGUUUCAAAAAGUGGAUCCAGUGACUCGAAUAUGACAGAAAAUGAUUCAGGAAAGAUAAUUGAUUCUGAUGAAAGUGUUAUAAGUCAAACAACAUCAGUAAAUGGUCCACGAACUUCAAAUCCUGGCGAAGAUAUUGGAUUUGAAAAUGGAGACAAUACACAUAGUGGCGCUGUUGAGUCAAAAAAAUUAGAUGGUGAAGCUCCUGGAGAUAUUUCUAAGGAACAAGAUUCGCUUGGAGCUGGUAAACGAAAGGAAGGUGGAAAUCUAAAAAAAGGGGGGGAGGGAGCAUUUAGUAGUAAGGGAGGAGAUAUAAAUUCUAUGGAAAAAGAUAAAAAAGUGGUGGAAGGAGACGUAAAUUCUCUGGAAAAUGAGGAAAAAGUAGUGCAAGGAGUAUCUGGUAGUGAAGAUGAUGGAAAACCUGCGGAAAAUAUUGAAAAAGUGGUGGAAGGAGACAUAAAUUCUUCGAAAAAUGAUGAAAAUGUGGUGCAAGGAGCAUGUGGUGUUGCGGACUCGGACGAUGAAAGUUCUGAAGACGAGUCAUCACUAACUGAAGAAGAAUUAAAUGAAAGGAAAUUGGAAGCGAAGAAGCUGAAAGAUGAAGGAAAUGAAUUUUACAAGAAUGGGGAUUCUAACGAAGCAGAAAGACUUUACACGGAAGCAAUAAAAAUUUGUCCAAAACGUUUCGAAAAAGAACGUUCUGUAAUGUUUUCGAAUCGUUCCGCUUGCCUGGUUAAAUUAGAAAAAACUGAGCUUGCUAUAGCCGAUUGUUCGAAAGCUAUCGAACUUCAUUCUACUUAUGUUAAAGCGAUUUUAAGACGAGCGCAACUUUACGAAAAACUUGAAAAAUAUGAAGAAGCAUUAAAAGAUUACGAAAGACUUUUAGAGAUUGACCCUUCGUUGCAUUCCGCUCGUUCAGCUUGCUUACGAAUUCCCGGCGAGAUAGAAAAACGAAACGAAAAACUAAAAGCACAAAUGAUGUCUAGUUUAAAAGAUUUAGGAAACAUGUUUUUACGUCCGUUCGGACUUUCAACAAAUAAUUUUCAACUACAGCAAGACCCAGGUACAGGCUCCUAUAAUAUUCAAUUCAAUAAUGGUCCUGAGGGAGGAAAUAAUAAUAACGGCCCGUCUAAUGGGCCUUCUGCCAGGCCUAAUAAUAAUAAUACAUGAUAAUACUUGUUCGAUUUUGUUUCAUGUCAUUUAUCUGAACAAGGAUCUAUAGCAGCGGUUCAUAACCUGCUGCGGCCAUAUCAAUAAAUAAUCAUGAUGUCAGGUUUUCAAAUUAACAGAAAUGUCAAAUAUUCCAUAUUAUUGUGUCAUGUUGGAACUUUAUUUUAUUCACUUGUACAAUUUUUAUCAUUUUAUUUUGGGAAUGCUUUGCCCAAUGCUGUGUAAAGGCGACUCAAAUUUUUCAAAAAACAAAUUUUGUGAAAUUUCGCGUCCUAAGGAUAAGCUCAAAUACUAGGCGGUAUGUAAUGCUUAUGCUUUCAAUGUCCACAAAAUUAGCUGACUGACUGAAGUUUUUAUCACAGGAGACAGAAAAUAUCAAAUUGAUUAACUGUUUUCGGGUCUUAGUAUUCCUCCAUCACAGUCAGAAGAUUUGUUUGCAGAUUUACUUCUUUGAAUUAUCUUAUGCAUCUUGCUGCUAUGAUUGCAUAUUACCAUAUUUUUUUGAUAAAAGUGAACGAAGUGAAUGAAAUUUUUCUGGGGUUAGGGUAUAAAUUUCUUGGGGCUCCCGAAGUAUGCGAACCAAGAUGGCGGACAUC